AUGCAAAAUAUUGAUCAAACCCUUCAAACCAAGUAUUUGUGCAAAGAUCUCUCUGAUCUUGCAAAGCGAGUAAGCACACAUGUGGCACGAAAUGAAGCACCAUCACAAUUCAAGAGAUGGCAAAAAGAAUUCGAGAGUGUGAUGACAAGAUUGGAAUUCAUGCCUUCUGGAAAUACACUUUCUGGAAGUGGAACGGAUAAAACAUUGCAACCUAAUUGCAGUGUUAUGGGAGAAAUCACUGAUGAGAAUUUCGAACAAGUGAAAUCAAGAUCAAAACGCCUUUGGCAAAAAGCAAUUGGUAUUGGCUACUCGAUCAACACGUCUGAUCCUGUCAAAACACUGGAAGAGUUGUCACAACUGAAUGAUUCAAUCACGCUAUGGGAGAACCGCCCAAAGAGAGGUAAUAUGGCAGUAAUAUCAGUUGAUCAUCCACAGUUUGCACAAGUUGCUGCGUAUAAGGCUUCCAAUUUAUCUCGACUCUAUAAUUUCAACAUCUCCGUGGCAGUGACUGAUGAAUUUAUGAGAUCAUUAGAUAACGAACAAGCAUGGAAGGACACCAAUCGUACUCCAAGAGAAUUAUUACAAAUGAUUUCUCAACAUUGCCAUGCAUGUGGCGAUCCUGGUUUAGUGUUCAUUGACAGAGUGCAAAGCUCAAAUAUGCUACUCACUUCUGAUCAUGGACGUGUUCAUGCUGCUGUUCCAUGUGGCGAACAAUUUCUACAUGAUAAUGAAACUUGUAAUUUAGGAGUUGUAAAUCUCAAUGCCCCAUCUCUCUAUAAUGAAAAUUCCAAAACGAUUCAUUGGAAGCGUCUGAAGCGUGUGGUUUCUAUUGCCAUUCGCUUCUUAGAUAACGUAGUGGAUUUGUUGGAAAUCCCUGACGAGAAAAUGAGGAUUAUAUCCAAGCAGCUUCGAAGAAUUGGAUUGGGUGUUGCAGGUUGGGCUGACUUGCUGUCAAAAAUGGGAUAUUCCUAUGAUUCUCAAGACUCACUCGAAUUGGCUGAUCGAGUCUCGAGAACCAUCACGGAGCAAGCAAGGAAAACAAGUGCCUCUCUUGCUCGUGAGAAAGGUGAAUGUAAAUACAGAAGGGGAUUUAGAAACAUCUCUCUUACAUGCAUACAGCCAACUGGCGGUAUCAGCUCUGUUCUUGGAAAUCAAGGAUAUUGCAUUGAACCCUUCUUUGCAGAGGCCAACGAGCUGUCAUCCGAAGCUCAUAUUCAAAUGCAGGCUGCAUGGCAAAAGAACAUCGAACAAGGUAUUUCAAAGACCAUUAAUAUGCCACACAGUGCCACUGUGCAAGACAUCUAUGAAGCCUAUGUUUUGGCGUUCGAAAAAGGCUGUAAAGGAAUUACAGUAUAUCGAAAUCAAUGCCGAGAAGCCCAGCCCAUAAGAUGUAAAGAAUGUGAGGAAGAUGUAUGUCCUAAAUUGUAA